AUGUAUGGAGCUGUACCACUACAUCACGUCUACGAAGUACAAACAGCGAAUACCUUCCCACUCGGUCCAACCGAGAACAUAGCUGAGCCGCCACGGCUGCAAUUUGUCACUUGGGCGCCCAAUUUUCCACCAACGCCAGCCACUACUACAACCAGCAGCACCUCGACUACAACCACCACCACUACCACAACGACGACUACCACAGCGUCAGCGAGCGCAACAACGACAACGUCACGUACGUCAGCCAACGCUGCGAACGCCACAGUCGGCAGUGCGUCUGGUGGCAGCAUAUUACUGAAUAGCUUGGCUGGCGCAGCGACGGGUGGUGGUGCCGCGAUUAGUGGCGUAGGCAAGCCGCCCAACAGUUUUCAAUUUCCAAAUGGUGGUGCCGUAAAAGCCUUCCCACUAAAUCAGGCAAUCGCCUUUGUCUACGAGAAUGACAUCUACUACAAGCCCAAAGUUCAAGGCGAACUUGUUUGUCGCAUAACAACAACAGGUCUCGCUGGUAUCGUCUAUAAUGGCAUCCCAGAUUGGACGUACGAAAACGUGCCGGAGCUGAAUGGGCGCAGCAGCGGUCUGGCCUUCUCACCGGAUGGCCUAUUUUUAGCAUUUCUCACAUUCAACGACAGUGACGUGAAUGAGUACAAGUACACCUGGAUGGGCGACGACAUCAAGUACCCCGCCGUACUGACACAACGCUACCCGAAGGCGGGCGAAACAAAUCCAAAUGUCACCGUUAACGUAGUUAAUCUCUCCGUCCUCAAGUACAUCUUCCCCACACAAAUCAAACUUCCAGUCGAUCUGUCGAACGGCAACUACGUUGGCGCACUCACAUGGGCCACGCCCAUCGACCUUUCCCUAACAAUUACGAACCGCGAUCAAACUAAAGCCACAACAGUGGUUUGUCGCGCGCCCGAUUUCCAUUGCCAGCCGGUACACACAGAGGUAACAGUGAAUGACGGUUGGGUACUGCCAGCCGAGCGUCCCAUCUUUUCAGUGCGCAACAGUGCAAAUCUUAAGCGCACACAACAGCAAUUGCUCGCGAAUGGCCAAAACGGUAACCAUAGCUAUCACAAUGUGAGCAAUGGACAAACCACCUAUGAAAUAGCGAACGGUGGUUAUCUGCUUAAACGUCUUCCAGUGCGCGAUGGCGAGCAUGGCCAUUUCCGUCACGUUGUGUUCAUCUCAUCGCUGGACCGUCGACCAGUGCCGCUGACAAUGGGCCGCUUCGAAGUCACCGAACUGCUGGGCUGGGAUGAGACACAUGAGAUUGUAUACUUUAUGGCAGCGCCGGAAAAACGACCCGGUGAACGGCAUUUAUAUAAGAUUAGUCUGAGAGUGAACGUGACGCAGUCCAAUCGCACUUACAUCACAUCGACACAUCCGACCUGCCUGACAUGCGAUAACACCAUAUCCACAUAUCGGUUGACAGCGCAAGGUAUACGCGUAGAGGACACAGAAAAUCGAAGUGAUGAUGAUACAGAAUGCUACUAUGACAUACCGAAAAAUUGUCUUUAUAACAAAGUUUACUUCAGCAAGGAUUACUCUUACUAUGUGCAGGAGUGUCUAGGACCCGAAUCGCCCAGUGUUUAUCUGGUGGAGACGCAAAGCAAUAUGAAGACCUAUGUGCUGAAUGCGGGCUCAAGUUUGCGACAUCGACUCAUACAGCUAGCUUUGCCACAAAUACGUACAUUCAGCGUUGAGAUUCGCCAUGGCUUCCAUGCGCAAGUGCGACUGUAUUUGCCGCCGGGUAUGCGCGAGGAUGAAGAGGUAGCCUUUCCGCUCAUUCUACAGAUUAACGCUGCACCCGGUUCUCAGCUGGUGACCGAGCGAUAUCAAGUCGAUUGGAAUUGGUAUUUGAGCAGUCAGCACUCGAUGAUUGUGGCGCAAAUUGAUGGUCGCGGCAGUGGCUUCCAGGGCGAGCUGCUGCGCACACAAGUGCACGGCAAGCUAGGUACCGUUGAAGUGGAGGAUCAGCUUGGCGUGUUAACCUACCUACGCGAUAAUUUGAAAUUCAUUGAUCCGGCACGUAUUUGCGCUUACGGCUGGGGCUACGGUGGCUAUGCCGCCACUAUGACACUCAUCGAUGAUUCACAUCAGGUGCUGCAAUGCGCUGUGGCCAUCAACCCGAUUGUCUCCUUUGGCUAUCACUACUCAUUUUUCACCGAACGUUACAUUCCGCUGAAGGGCGAUUACUUGCGCGCACUGCAGGAGGCCGAUUUGACGAUGAAGGCCGGCAAUAUUAAGGGUCGCAACUUGAUGUUGAUACAUGGCACAGCGGACCGUUUGGUGCAUCAAGAGCAUACGUUGAUGUUGGUGCGCGCGCUGGUGGAUCAGCAAGUGAAGUUUAGACAUCAGGUCUACCCAGAUGAGGAUCACGCGAUGUCAAAGUCACUCAGUCACGUCUAUAAGACAAUGGAAUGGUAUUUCGAAGAAUGUUUCGGGCCAAAUGACGACAGCGAAUGGGAUCCAACGGGACUGUUUGUGUUCAAACAAUAAUUAAUCAUUCACGGUAGUGAAGUAUAUUUAUAGAGAGAAGCAAGUAGUGAAACUAGCAAAUCCAGAGGAUAUUUAGCAAGCCUUGAUAGAAACGAAAUAAAAUUAAUUGUAGCGCAGAGUGGCAACGCAGUGUUUGUAUAUGUAGAUGUGUAUAAUGGAUAUACUUAAAUAUGUAUGGCAGUUUGUAAGCAGUUACAUAUAUAUGUAAGUUGGUGUGAAAACAACAAGGAUACUUGUGAGUAUUUUGCAGAAGCAUUGAAGAAAGGUUAAAAAGGUUUUUGCAUUUUUCAAAAAAAACAUACAUUUAACUAUAUAUUUAUGUAUGAGUAUAUUAAGUUAGUUCUUUUAUAUUUGAAAACUUAGCAAAAUAACUAAGCUAUAAGAAACUGUAAUAAAAACAGCUACAGUUAGAAUAUAUUGUGUAAGUGAAUAAUUAAUUAGCGAAUUCGAACGAAUUGUAGAGAAGCGAAAAAAGAGAAUGCAAGCAACGUGAUUCAUUUGUGCGACUGAUUAUUGAAAUAUGCGUAAAAAAAUUAUAAAAAAAAAAAUGGGUUAACUAAACAAAUUUGCAUUAAAAAGGAUGCAAUAAAUAAUAAAAAAAUAAAAAUAAAAAAUUUUAAAACAAAACUAAUUAAGUGAUUGCGUUGAGUUAACGGUAAAUUAAAUUUAAAGUAAAUAACUAGUUUAUAUUUACUAAUUUUUUAUACUCAUUCAAAAAUGUGUUUCAAAGACAAUUUGAAGUAAAAACGUAAUUAGUUACUGUAUUUUCAAAAGUUAGUGUUAAUGUGUUAACAUAUUAUUUAUGCAUAAGUAAAAAAUGCACGUUAGGGUGCCUCACCAAGUAAAGUUUCGGUUCUUUCAGCGGAGUUAUAGAAUUUAUUACAUUUUAAGGCUCGAUAAAAUAUUAAAAUUUUUCGUGAAUUGGACCA